AUGAUAUCAACGGUGUCCACUGCACAUAACCCUUACUCAUCUACAUCGAAUGGUCAAAAUCAAGACGCCAUUGAACAAAUGAAUAUACCUAAUAAUAUGUAUACUUCCAGUACAUCCUCACCAUUAUCCAAUGGUUAUCAAAAUCAUUUUACUAGAGGAGUACACAAUUUACCAGUUAACAAUUCAAUUCAUACAUAUAUUAAUUCAUUAAAUUCAUCUAAUUUAUUGUACAGUCCCUUUUUACAAUCAGUUUUUGAGGAACCAGUAUUCACAUCAGUAACACUAUCAUCUUCAUCUUUUAAUAACUUUGCCAGUUCUAAUCAAUUUUUUGUAAAUGCUGAUCCAAUUAGUAAUAAUUUAGUUGUCUGCAGUAUGCCAUCUAUGGACACAGAAUGUAUACCAUUUCAUUCAUGCAAUUAA